GCCCGAGGCUGGGCGCAAGGCGGGCGCCGCCGGCCCCUCGAGUCCGCUCCGCUCCCGCCUGGCCCGGCGGGAGGGCCAUGCUCCGGGUUCUGGCAGAGGCGCGCACCCAGGCCCCGCGAUGAGGAGCGGCGCGGAGCGCAGGGGCAGCAGUGCCACUGCGCCCCCAGGGUCACCGCCCCCCGGCCGAGGGCGCCCCGCUGGACCAGACGCGCCCCCGGCCCUGCCACCGCCCGCCGCUGGCCAGCCCCGGGCCCGGGACGCGGGCGAUGCCCGAGCGCAGCCGCGCCCCCUGUUUCCGUGGAGCAAGUGGAAGAAGAGGAUGUCCAUGUCGUCCAUAUCGGCGGCCACCGCGCGGAGGCCGGUGUUUGACGACAAGGAGGACGUGAACUUCGACCACUUCCAGAUCCUGCGUGCCAUCGGGAAGGGCAGCUUCGGCAAGGUGUGCAUUGUGCAGAAGCGGGACACGGAGAAGAUGUAUGCCAUGAAGUACAUGAACAAGCAGCAGUGCAUUGAGCGCGACGAGGUGCGCAACGUCUUCCGGGAGCUGGAGAUCCUGCAGGAGAUCGAGCACGUCUUCCUGGUGAACCUCUGGUACUCCUUCCAGGAUGAGGAGGACAUGUUCAUGGUGGUGGACCUGCUUCUAGGUGGGGACCUGCGCUACCACCUGCAGCAGAACGUCCAGUUCUCUGAGGACACGGUGAAGCUGUAUGUCUGUGAGAUGGCGCUGGCCCUUGACUACCUGCGCAGUCAGCACAUCAUCCACAGGGACGUCAAGCCUGACAACAUCCUGCUGGAUGAGCAAGGGCACGCWCACCUGACCGACUUCAACAUCGCCACCAUCAUAAAGGAUGGCGAGAGGGCGACGGCCUUAGCUGGCACCAAGCCCUACAUGGCUCCGGAGAUCUUCCACUCCUUCGUCAAUGGUGGGACUGGCUAUUCCUUCGAGGUGGACUGGUGGUCAGUGGGGGUGAUGGCCUACGAGCUGCUGCGAGGAUGGCGGCCCUAUGACAUCCACUCGAGCAACGCCGUGGAGUCGCUGGUGCAGCUGUUCAGCACCGUGAGUGUCCAGUACGCACCCACCUGGUCCAAGGAGAUGGUGGCCCUGCUUCGGAAGCUUCUCACCGUCAACCCCGAGCACCGGUUCUCCAGCCUCCAGGACAUGCAGGCAGCCCCGUGGCUGGCCAACGUGCCGUGGGAUGAGCUGAGYGAGAAGAAGGUGGAGCCGGGAUUCGUGCCCAACAAGGGCCGCCUGCACUGCGACCCCACCUUUGAGCUGGAGGAGAUGAUCCUGGAGUCGCGGCCCCUGCACAAGAAGAAGAAGCGGCUGGCCAAGAACAGAUCUCGGGACGGCAGCAGGGACAGCUCCCAGUCAGAGAACGACUUCCUGCAAGACUGCCUCGAUGCCAUCCAGCAGGACUUCGUGAUUUUCAACAGAGAGAAGCUGAAGAGGAGCCAGGAACUCACCCAUGAGCCUCUCCCGGCCCCGGAGACUGCAGCUACAGUGGAGGCCACGGCGGACAGCGAGGAGGAGCCCGUGGCCCUGCCGGCCUGCCGCUCCAUCUGCCCCUCGGGCGGGAGCAGCUAAGCUGCCUGGGCAGAGAACUGGGGUCUUCAACUUUCAGGAUGCUUUGGAGACUUGGCCCACCAGGGAGGGGGCAGCAGGCUGACGGCCAGGCCUGCCCUCAGCGCUGCCAUGUGGGUGCCCGUCAAAGGUGGCAGUUGGACAAGGAGGGCUGGUGCCACCGGGGCCCCAGUUACCGCAGGGUGAAAGGCACGUGAACUGCCUGCUCGGCCCCUCUGCUGGACGGCAGGUCGAGAGGCCAGGGUGGUGCGAAGGCGGCUGGAGUCCCCGCUCUCCAGCCCCUAGUGGACCCAGCUGUACAGUCUCCUUUCCAGGCCCCGCUGCCCAGGCUGUGGGAGGGGCCGCGUUCGCUCCUUGCACACCAAGGGCAGGGCCUCAGGGGAGGGAGUGGGA